AUGGAAGAAAUUGAAAAUGCUCACUAUCAAAAUCUCCAAAAUUUUAAUGAUGAAACAUCUGAGGAUGUAAAUGAUACUAGUGAUGAUAUAAACAAAAAUAAUGAUGAUAAUAAUAAAUAUGAUGAUAAUAAUAAAUAUGAUGAUAAUAAUAAAUAUGAUGAUAAUAAUAAAUAUGAUGAUAAUAAUAAAUAUGAUGAUAAUAAUGUUAAUAUGUUAGAUGACAAAAAUAAAUUAGAGAGUGAAGAAGAUAAAAAUAACGAUAAUAUGAUGAUAUUUUCUUCAAUUCUACGUUAUCAAAGAUAUAAAACCAAGAAAGGUAAUAUUUAUUUUGAUUUUAAAAAUACAAACUUAUCUUUAAAUGAAAAAGAUAUGUUAGUUCAAAGUAGCAAUUUUUAUCAUUUGUUUGAUAUAAAAUCUUUACUUUGUCCGCAUAUAUAUUUGAAUGUUAGUUCACAUAUUAAUAUAAAUAUAUCGGAUUAUAAAAAUUAUUUGAAAAGAAUACUUAAUAAUGAUAAUAUAUUAGAUGAUAAAAAUGAAAAUGUUAAAUAUAGUUCAUGUCAGGAAUUUAUAUUUGAGGCUGUGGAGCAGGCUGAACAUUUAGAAGUGUUUACCAAAGUUCAGAUAGUGAAAAAACUUUUUUUAUUCCUAAAUCAAAGUGUUGCAGAAAAAAUGAAGAAUUACAUUGACAACAUUCCUAUUAUAAAUUCGAAUGAUUAUGUACUAGUUCAGACAAAUUUAAAAAAUGAUUUGUUGCUUGGAUAUGUAAAGGGUAUUAAGUAUAAUUUAUUUUUUGAAAUCUUAAACAUGAAAAAGUGUUUCCAUUCAUUUUUAAAUGAAAAUAUAGUUAUAUAUGAAAUAAAUGAAGACAAAGAAGGUUAUUUUAAAACUGUCGAUGGAAAAAAAUAUUUAAAAGAACAAAUAGUAUAUGAGAAAAAAGAUUUACUUAAAAAUUUGGAUUUCUAUUUAAUGUAUUAUUGUGAUUAUUAUUUCUCAUCAAAUUCGAUAAUUGAAUGGGAAAAAAAAAAUAACAAUAAUAUGAAUUGUGUUAAUAAUAAUAUGAAUUGUGUUAAUAAUAAUAUAAAUAGUGUUAAUAAUAAUAUGAAUUGUAUUAAUAAUAAUAUAAGUAGUGUUAAUAAUAAUAUAAAUAGUGUUAAUAAUAAUAUAAAUAGUGUUAAUAAUAAUAGUAAUAAUAAUAUUAGUCAUAAAAUUACUCACAAGUUUGAAGAUAACGAUUAUAACGAUAUGCAUCUAUUUUUUUCUUUUAAUAUAUGUAUAAAAUCUGUAAAGAAUAAUUUAUUUCUUCAUAUUAUUUAUAAUGAUAAUAACCUUAAAAAUGGAGAUGAAUAUUUGAAUGAAACCUUUCCACAUUAUGAAGAAUUAAAUUUGUAUAAUAAACAGUUUGAUAUAAAUAAGAUGGAUAAAAAUUUAUUUAAAUCAAAUACCUUUUUUAUAAAUAAUUUAUAUUAUCAUUUAAAGUGUAAGUUAUUAUGUGUAUUCAAAUUUAUAAAUAUAUCAGAUGAUGAUUUUAUGACAGAUAUACAUAUAUCUCAAAUUAAAAAAAGGGGGCAUGUAAAUGAAAAAGAUAGUUAUAUGUUGUAUACUUUUAAUAUACAUACAUUAAGUAAUGAAGGUAUGGUAUAUAUAUUUUUUUGCAAUUUAUAUAUAUCAAAUAUGUUUAAGGAAAAUAAUUUUGAAAUACGUGUGCAUACAUAUUUACAUUUCCAAUUAAAUAAACAAAAUUCAUACAAAAAGUUAAAAUUGAUUAAAUAUAGUUCAAAGUUUUUGUAUUCACUAUGUUAUAAAGAAAAAAGUGAUAGCAAAAAAAAAAAAAAAAAAAAUGAUCAUCAUGUAAGGGAUAGUGAUAAUAAUAAUAAAAAUAAUGAUAGUAAUAAUAAUGAUAAUAAUAAUAAUAAUAAUAAUAUUAGUAAUAAUAAUAGUAAUUAUUGUGGUUCCAAUAAUAUUAUUUAUGGUCAUGAUGAAAAUUUUAUUUUCAAUAGAUGCGAUUUUAACACAUUAGAUCAAAUUAAAAGUGGCAAUUAUUUAAUUAAGGAUGAAACAAUAAAUGAGAAUUUUAUUUUUGAAGUACGAAAUUAUAAAUACACAUUCAUCCUUAUUUCUUCUAAAUGUGAUAUAAUAAUAAUAACCUUGCGCAAAAAAAAAAGAAAAGAAGAGUAUAAUAAAAAAAUGAGUAAAUAUUCAUCAUGUAGUUUAAAUGAAAAUGUUUAUAUGGAAGGUGUCGAAAUUUUGAAUUAUUGUUCAUCCAAUAAUAAGAAUACAAAUAAUAUUAUUUGUAAUACUAUAAUAAAUAAAUACAAUUAUGAAAUAAAUAAUAAUAUAAAAAAUAAGAAUAAGAGUUAUAUCUUAUUUGAAAUUGUUUGUUUUUAUGAAAACGGAGAAAUACAAAAGUAUAUAUAUACCUGUUCUUUAAAAAAUGGAAAUUUUGAAUUCUUUCUUAAUGUUAAAGAAGAUGAAAAAACGAAAAGUAUAAAUUGUAAAAAAUGUUUUUUUAAACCUAUUCUUUUUCCUUUUAAUGAAGAAUUAUUAAAUAAAAAAAAAAUUUCGAAUGAUCUUGUUUUAUAUAAUAUAAAACUGAGUCAUUUCAAAAACUUAAUUUAUAUUUAUUUUCAAGAAAAGAAAAUUGAAGGUAUUAGUUUAACUAUUAAUAAUGAAUGUCUAAUUAUUAAUUACAUUAAAAUGGUAAGUAAAUUAUUAAAAAAAAUUUUACAAAAUUUGUAUAAUUCGGGUGACAUAGAUAUUGUAUAUAAUUUUCAACAUGAUACAAAAAAUAAGUGUAAUAAUUUAAGUCAGAACGUAAAUAUUCCUAGUGAUAAUACUAUUUCGAAUGUUAUUAAAAAAAAUGAAAUAGAUAAUAAUGACAUAAAAUAUAAUUUAUUUACACAAAGAGAAGUAAAAUCUUCAUUUUUUGAAUUCAAAUAUAUUCUCUUUGGAUUUUAUGAUUUAUUUUUAAUGAAUCAAAAAAAUUAUACGGAUUUAAAUGAAAAGAAAAAAGAAGAAUAUAAAAAAAAAAAUUUUAUUAAUUGUUUUGAUUCACAUAGUCAUUAUAAUUUUUUAAAUAUAAUAAAAGAAUAUAUUAAUUAUGAUUAUAUUAUAGAUAUAUGUUCCUAUAAUAUUUCCAAUGAUACACAAAAGAAAAAGAAAAUUAAAUUAAACUUUUAUUAUUUCCUUUUAAUUAUACAAUAUUUUAAAAAUACAUAUACUCAAGAAAAGAAACGUUCUUUUUUUUAUAUGGUAUAUAAUGAAUUAUUACAAAGAGAUAAAUAUUUAACACAUUUUUAUUAUACUUAUCAUGAAAUAGAUAGAAAAACGAAUAUGCAUUUAAACCAUAAUGAUAAUAAUAUUGAUACAAAGGAGGCAACAAAAAAUGAAGAAGCAGAACUUAUAUUAAAAAAUGUGAAUUUUUAUGAUAAUUAUGAACUUAUUAAUAUAAGAAAAUAUGAUCUCAUUUUGUUUUGCUUUUUAUUUCAUAUGUACAAUUUCUGUUUGAAACAGAAUGGUCUUAGUAAUGAUGAAUUUAAUUCACAUAUAACUUACUUUCUAAUUAAUAAAAAAAUGAAGAAAUAUAAAAAAAAAUAUAGAUACAUUAUCAAAAAGAAAAUAGAUACAAAUGAAAACAAUGAUAAUAAUAUUAAUGUGUGUGACAGUAAAAAUCACAAAGGAACAAAAAAUUAUGAUGAUACAACAAAUAAUAUAUUAAACAAACAAAAUGAAUCUUUAGAUAAUUUAAAAGAAAAUAUGUUUUUAUCAAAAAAGAAUUAUGAUAAUCAAUUAAGUAGUUAUAAAAAUACAAAACAAAAUAAAACAAAUAUAAAUGAAAAGUAUAAUAAUAACAAUAUAAUAAUGAAUUAUUUAACAUGGAAAAAAUGUUUAUAUUAUAUAUACAAAAUUAAAAAGUAUACUAGGAAAAUAGAAACACAUGAAGGAUUAUAUAUUUCUUCGAUGUUAUAUAUUAAUAUAUAUUUAUGCCAAAUAUUCUAUAUACUUUUAAAUAUAUUAAGAAUGAAUAAUACCAAUAUAUAUACAAAUAUACAUUUUGAUAUAAGAAAAAAUAAUUUAGAUUAUUUUUAUUUAUUAAUUUUACUAAAUUUUUAUAGUCUCUUUUAUAUCUUGAUAUUAGAUCAAAAAUAUAUUUUACACGAGGAAGAAAAUGAUACCUAUAUAAGUAAAAAUAUAGAUAACAAAGAACAAAUGGAAAAUGAUAAAAAUAUAAUAUCACUUUUGUCUUUUUUUAAUAAUAUUUAUGAACAGAAUAAAGAGGGAAUGUUAAAAAAUGACCAAAACAAAAAUAAUCAUAAUACAAACACAGAUAUAUUAUAUAUGUCAUCAAGUGGUAUGAAUAUAUCAAUUAAUACACCUUUUUUGGAAAAAUAUCUUAUUUUAAUUUAUAAUAUAAUAAAAGAUAAAAUAAAUAUUGUCAAAGAAGAUAAUUAUAUUAUGGAGAAAUUAUUUUUUAAAAUAAAUUGUAUGAUAUGUAAUAAAGUGUGUGUUACUAAUAUAUAUAAUAAUUAUUAUAUAUGUGAAAAUAAUCAUAUAUUUAAUAAAUGUAUGUUAACCUUUGGAUGUAUAUAUAAAAAUCAUAUUAUUUUACCAACUAUUUAUUUAUUACAUGAUAUAAAUGAUAAAUUAUUUCCUAUUAAUAAUGAACAUAUUUUAUCAUACAAUUUACAAUAUGAAUUGGAUUAUAUUUAUUUCUGCUCUUUUUGUUAUAAUUUUAUAACAACGCAAAAUUCUUUUUAUAAAAAAUUCUUUCUAUUUAAUCAAUGUCCAUUUUGUAAUCAUGAAUUGAAUAUUAUGUAA